AUGUCGGUCGCCUCCAAGAAUUUGUUCGACGUCCUCGGCAACGAUGUCGAGGGUGAAGAACCGCCGUCUGGCCCUGUGAAGACGGUCGACAAGAUCACCAUGCGCAGUUCCAAGCGCAACGUCGAGCCCCAAGCGUCCGCGAAGCCCGCUUUUACCGGCACUGAUGCUCGUCGCUCUGGUCCUGGAGGCAACGAGGGAGCUUUCCGCGACCGUAACGCCGGUUCCGCGAACAAUCAGCGCAGGCCCACUGAUGAGGCCCCUAGAGGAGGUUUCCGAGGCGGUCGCGACGCCCGUGGACGAGGAGGCCGUGGUGGCCGAUACCCUCGUGACCGUGAUGAUCGGCAUACUAAAGGGGCCCCCAGCGGUUCCGAGAAGCAGGCCGCCCAAUCUUGGGGCGCCACCGAGGGCGAGGCCGAGCAGAAGGACGAGCAGGCCGGAGAGGAGAUCGCGCAGACCGAACUUAAGGAGGCCAUCACCGAAGAUGCCGAAGCUUCGGCCGCUCUCGCCGAGCCUGAGGACAAGCACGUGGCCUACGCCGACUAUCUCGCCCAACAGGCCGAGAAGAAGCUCGCUCUGGCCGAGUCUCUCGAUAUCCGCAAGCCUAACGAGGGCAGCAAGCUCGAUAAGAAAUGGGCCACUGCCAAGGCUCUCGUCAAGGAUGACGACGACGAGUUUAUCGCCGGCUCUGGCGGUAAGGUCAAGCGCGAGCGCGAGCGCAAGGCCAAGCAGCUCGUUGAGAUAGACAACCGAUAUGUUGAGCCCGAACGCCCUCGGGCCGGACGCGGUGGACGCGGCGGUGCCGGCCGUGGUGCUCCUAGGGGCGAGGGCCGCGGUCGUGGUGGCCGUGGGCGAGGCGAGGGCCGAGGUGAAGGUCGCGGCGAAGGCCGCGGCGAGGGUCGUGGCGAAGGCCGCGGUGAGGGUCGCGGCGAAGGUCGCGGUGAAGGCCGCGGUGAAUACCGUGGCGAACGUGGCGAUCGUAGCGGCCGUGGUGGCGCUCGUGAUAAUGCCCCAUUCAACAGCCAGGACCCCAACGCUUUCCCCAGCCUGGGUGCUUAG